CCCCAACCAACACAAAAAAAUAAAAAAAAGUUUCAAAACCAGUUUAGAAGCGACCCAUCUUUCCUUUUUCUUCAAACAGCGUUUCUGUAUCUUAUUCGCUUAUUCGCUAUGGACCCUUCCGAUUUUCUUGACACUCGCCAGAAAAUGAAUAAGCGUAAAAGACAGCUGUUGGAUACUACAGGCAAACCUGAAGACCAGCCUACUUCACGCGACGCUUCGGAUGAAGACAAUACCGAUUCCUCUGUACCAGCCGGCAUGGUCUCGUCCACCUCCUACGAUGAUGAACCCCUUGUUAAACGACCACGCCAAGAAGUUACCAUUACCUACGAAGAUACCGAACCAGCCAUCAGUACCCCCCUUGUGACAGAACUUCCACCGGGCAUCGAAGAGCAGUAUGGGUUUAAAAUCAAUCCUCCACCCACCGAUCGACCGGUCCGUAUCUAUUGCGACGGCAUUUACGAUUUAUUCCACUUUGGUCAUGCCAAAGCACUUGAACAAGCGAAAAAGGCGUUUCCCAACGUGUACCUGUUGGUAGGAGUAUGCAGUGACCGAGAAACGCACAAACGCAAAGGCAAAACGGUGAUGACGGAUAUUGAACGAUAUGAGGCAGUUCGACAUUGUAAAUGGGUGGACGAAGUAGUGCGGGACGCUCCUUGGUUUGUCGAUCAAGAAUUUUUGGAUCAUCAUCGUAUUGACUAUGUUGCCCACGAUGCCGAACCUUACCAGAGCAAGGAGUCAGGCGAUGUAUACGCUUUUGUAAAAGAACAAGGUCGAUUCUUUCCCACCGAACGUACCGAAGGCAUUUCCACAUCAGAUCUUAUCACACGGAUUGUGCGAGAUUACGACGCUUAUCUUCGACGUAAUUUGGAACGCGGCGUGAGUGCCAAGGAAUUAAAUAUCUCAUUCUUGAAGGAACGCAAGAUCAAGACAAAGAAAUCCAUAGAAGAUUUACGAAAUACCAUCAAAACCACGCUUCAGGACACUAUGACUAUUUGGGAAGAUCGAAGUCACGACUUUAUUCGAGGUUUUGGCAGUCUAUUUGGUGCGGAAGAUGUGGUUGAUAAAUUCUGGAAACCACGUAAUCGAAAAGGCAAACUGAUUGUCGGAAGUGCAGACAGCAGCUGUGCCAGUAGUCGAACGCCUUCGGACGAUGAAGCUCCAUUAACUGAACCUAAUGAUGACAACGAAGUGCAUACAGACACGGGAGACGUGACGCCAGAGCAUACACACUAAAAUGAUCUGAAUACCACUUGCGAUUCAACAAAUAAUAAUAGAUGUCUUAUACUACUGCUCUUUGGAAGAAAAAAAUCUUCUUUUCCGCAGAAAUGUCGAUGAAUGUGUCUUAUAUUAACAAGCCGUACACCCGCUGUGCAAUGGAUGCCACCUGCUACUGGACGUCGCCCUUUUACUUUGAGCGACAUUCGUCAGACAAAAAGCCUAACGCAAUACGGC